AUGAAAGGAACAGAAUCUUCGGAUAUUGUUGAUAAAGCUUUUAAUUUAGGAUAUUUCUGGUAUGACAAGGCAAAUCGUUUAGUUUCAAAUUUUAGUGAAAAUGCUGUUAAGAAGGUGAAUUCAAUAAAAAAUAAUAUAAAAAUUUAUUCUAUAGAGUCGAACAAUGUCAUUAAGCAUAGUAUUUUGAAUGAUAAUAGUACAAGAACUUUUGGGGUUGGAAAGAUUUAUAAAACUUUCUACACAUCCGGUAUAGGAAAACAAAUAAGCAAAAAUUGGAUUUUAAGUGCAGGUGUAACUACAACUGCGGUCUUUUUAGGCUUCAAACUUCUUCAGGCCUUAAGAAUCUCAAAGACAAUAUCUAGAAAUGAAACACAAAUGAUCCUGAUUUUGGGUGAUUACAGUGAUCCAAUCAUAAGAUCACAAGCAUUAGAUUUUUAUAGAAGAAAUUAUACUGUGUAUAUCUGUUCGGAGACAGCAGAUAGAUUCAAACUGCAACAAGAAGAUUUUGAAAAUCUUUAUUUUAUAAACCCAAACUCAGAGGAUGAUUUAUAUAAAUUCACAAAAUUAUUCGAUUCUCAUUCUAUUAAUAAUACUAACUGCUAUAAUAACAAAUUAGUAUCCAUCAUUUUCACUCCGAAAUUAUCAUAUUUUACACCAGGGGAAGUUUCAUUAGAGACUUUGCAAUAUGAAAUUAAAGCAAAUAUUUUAAUUAAUUAUAAUACCUUACUAAAAAUAAUCCCACAUCUUCCAAGAAGUCAGGUCACCCAAUUGAUUUUAUUGAAUCCCUCAUUAUCGUAUAAUUUACAAAAUACACACCAUCCAACUGAAAUGUUCAUUUCUGCUUUUAUAACAGCAAUAUACAAGUCUUUGAAAAAUUAUGAUUCCUUAAGUGUAUUUAUGAUUCAUAUAGGCUUGUUUCAGGUUCGUGGUCAAUUAUCAAACUAUAAAUAUUUAAAAUGGAAUGGAUCAGAUAUUGGUAAAUACUUACACGAUCCGUUGUACGAGUUGAUUAGAAGAUAUAAUGGCAAUUUAUUGCAAAGCCUUUGUCAAAGAAUUUGGACUAUUAAUGGAUAUUGGCCAGUAUAUUAUAUGGGAAAAUAUAGUCUAUUAGCAACUUUUAACAUUUUUCCAUUGUUUAUGAAGUUCGAAGCUAUAUAUUGUAAGAUCUCAAAUCUGGUGAUACAUUAUUUUAAUAAAAUCAUAUUCAAACUUUUUUAA